CACAAAUUCAUGAGGAACUUAGUUUCAGUUGAGACUUCAUACGGUUAGUUUUCAAUAUUGUUAUAGAAUUACCGACAUUUCUUAAACAACAUCUAACGGCUUUAAAAUGGAAAGGGGUCUUUUAUUCGCAAUUUUUGCGGUUCUCAGUCUACUAGCGUUAGCUAAUGCUGCUCCAAGUUCUAUUAAUGAAGAAAAUUUUGAUCAAUUUGUCGUAACGCCCGUUCGAUAUGAUGGCGACCAGAUGUGGAGUGUUAGUUUUACCGAUGAUCAAACUAGAAAAGUGAUCAAAACCUUGAAUGAAGAAUUUGACGUGACACUUUGGGCAAACAAUCAUGCAGCGGCUGAUGUGCUUGUGAAACAAUCGGCUGUAAAUAAAGUUCGUGAAGUACUUGAAGAUAAUAACAUUCAAUAUUCAGUCCAAAUCGAAGAUUUACAAAAGCUAAUCGAACUCGAGGCACUGCCAUCAAAGCAAAACACCGCAACAAAACUUGAUCAUCCUCUUACGUGGACGGCAUACCAUUCAACUGAGGACAUCUUCAAAUUUCUAGACUAUUUGGUUGAAAAAUAUCCGAAUUUGUGUUCACUUCAAACCAUUGGCUAUUCGGUUGAAAACCGACCUCUGAAAGUAUUGAAGAUUUCAAAUGGAAAUAGUGGAAAUAAGGCAAUUUGGAUUGAUGGGGGAAUUCAUGCACGCGAAUGGAUCAGCCCGGCAUCGGUAACCUAUAUUGUGAACGAACUAGUAGAAAACUGGGAAAGUCAACCGGAUCAUAUAAAAAAUGUCAACUGGUACGUAUUGCCAGUCCACAAUCCAGACGGCUAUGAAUACACGCGUAGCACAAAUCGAAUGUGGCGCAAAAAUCGUUCUAAAGGAGGAAACAACUGUUUUGGAGUCGAUUUGAAUAGAAACUAUGGUUACAAAUGGGGCGGUGAAGGUACGUCGAGUAAUCCAUGCAGUGACAUUUACCGUGGAAGUAAAGCUUUUUCCGAACCAGAAUCGGCUGCAGUCAAAAAUUUCUUUGACAACACUGAAGAGAAAAAAUUUGGGGCUUUCUUGACCUUCCACAGUUACGGCCAAUGGAUUCUGCAUCCAUGGGGAUAUGGGAAUGUUUUGCCAGACGACCAUGAAGAUCUGGCCCGUGUUGGCAAAGAAGGUGCAAAGAAAAUCAAAGAAUUAGACCAUCAAGUUUACACUCCGGGAAAUUCAGCAGCAUUGUUGUAUCCAGCCGCCGGUGCUUCAGACGAUUGGGGGAAAAGUAUUGGAAUCAAGUACAGCUACACAAUCGAAUUACGUGACACGGGCCGCUAUGGAUUUGUAUUGCCUCCAGAAUACAUAGAAGCAACAGCCAAAGAGGCUCUUUCAUUUGUAUUUACCGUUUCAGGAGAAAUAGCUAACUAAAGUUGGAAGUGAUUUGAUUUUAUCAAUACGCUAAAUUCAUAUUUCGUAAAAGCUUGCUAAAUACAUAUAAAUGAGAUAAAAUGCAACAAAUUUUAUGUUUUUUUGUACUUUGUUUUUAAUAAAUCUGAGUGUUAUUGUAUAAA